AUGCCUUACCUGCACGUGACCUUGCGCAGUGCUUCGGAUCUUCCGUCAGGUGAUUUUAGUUUUGUGGGCGGUAAAAGUGACCCGUACGUCACCUUCAGCGUCAACGACACCAAAUACCGCAGUCCAUGCCUUAAGAACACGCUCGAUCCCGUCUGGGAUCCUCCCGAACAUUAUGUUUUUCCCGUCGCUGAUGCUCUUAGUGCUGUGCUUAGUGUGAAAGUCUAUGAUAUGGAUACGCUUAAUCCAGAUGACCUGCUUGGUACGCUCGUUGUGCCCGUGGCUAAGUUCGCAGACGAGAUGGAUGUGUCAACUCUUGAACAUUAUCCGCUCUCGCUAGCCAGUGAAUUCACAAGCCAAAAGCGUGAUAGCAUGCUGCUCUUGGAGAUAUGUUUAAAGCGUCUCGAUGAUCAGGAGCGCCACUUAUAUGUCUGGGAAAAUGAAAGUUGGUGCAUCAACAGUGGUUGGAAGUCCACAAAUGACUCAGAACGGCAGCAGUGGUCAUCGUAUGACGACUCGGCCACAUCUGCUGCCUUUUCGGAGGUAGCACCGCGUGCACCAGCCAAUAUGGAAGGAUCAGGCUGGCAAUACUGCUUGAAUCGUGGAGACGUAGAGGGAUGGUUAUACGCCAAAACUUUUGCUGGGCCGUGGACGCCCAACAAACUGACGUUCAGCCUAGUCCGACGCCGUUUGUGGGAAAACACAUUUAAGCUUUCAAGUGACUAG